AAUAAAAUUCUUUGCAGCUCGAGAGAAAAUGGACGCACCCUAUUUGCCAGACGACUCCGGAAACUUCAGCUUCACCAGCGACGAUGGAAGCUCCACGGGGGGCGAUGCUGGGCCGAAACAGGAGCCGGAAUCCAUGUUUCUUGUGCGCCAGGAGCUACUGAGAUCCCGCAGCGAAGUUGAGCGUCUCCUGAAGUCGGAACAAUGGUACAAACAGGAGCUAAAGUCGCAAAAACACAGCCGGCUGGAGACUCUGGAGCGCCUGUACGCCCAGGAGCGAAAAUAUCUGGUGGAAAAUCAGAGGCUGCAACAGGAGGCCACCCGUCUAAAUGCAAAAUGUGCCACGCUGGAAAAUCAGCAAGAACAGGGACAGCCCAGGUCCCCAAGUAUAUCUGUGCCCAACACGAAUGACUCAGAUUCUACAGAUGGCGCUUCUUUUGAAGCGAAACAGCAAGAAGCGCGUCUCCGGGAUCAGCGCCAACUGAUAGACGUCCUGCGAAAGCAGAAGAAGAUGCUUCUGGAGGACAUACAAAGGCUAAGUCUCGAGCACGACGAGAAGCUGAUACAAUUGCAGCAAACCUUGGCGGGAAUGGAACUGGAGAGCAAACACAUGACCGGAAAAUGCAAGCAGUUGCUGGAGGAAAAGAGCCAAAUGGAGCAUCAAUUGGCGCUGAGAAGCACCGCCUUGCGAGGUGUCACCGCCGAACGAGAACAACUCCGCCAGGUCAUUGCCGAGCUAAAUGAAACGCUGCAAACCCAAGAACAUCUGCUGGCCCUCAAGGAGCAAGAGUUCCUCGAUUUGAAGCAGUACUACCAGCAAAAGUUAUCCCGGGAGAGCAGCGUAGAUCUGAUGCACUCGUAUAGCCUCAAAUUUCACGAGGAGAUCAACAGCAAGACAAGUGAAAUAGCCAGUUUAAAGAACUCCCUCAACGAGCUUCAGGCGGAGUUGGUUAUGAUGUCUCAGCUGAAGGAACAGAACGAGGAACAGCAACGUCAAUUAGAGCAGCUAGAAUUUACAUUGCAAGCUCAGCUUCUGGAGCAGGAGCAACUACGGCAAAGCGAUGCGCUUAAACUGGAGCAGGUGGAAAAUUUAAGUCAGUCUAUAGUUUCAUUAGAGCUGGAAAAGGAAACUCUUAAAGAAAAUCUUCAAGCGGCCCAACGUAAAAUUACGAAAUUGGAAAAAGAAGUCCAAAGACUUCAUCAUCAAUAUACGGAGAUGAGGACUUUAUGCGAAGAAAUUAAAGAGCAACUGAAAAGUGAGAAAAAAUCCAUGGCAGAACUCCAAGAAAAGGGCUCUAUUAAAGAAAACGAGCUAUUAAACAAGCUGAAAGAAUAUUCGGAUCAGUGUAGUCAACUUAGAGAGACAUUAUCCGUAGUAGAGUCUCAAAUAAGUGACCACAACAAGCAGGCAGAGGUUUGGCAGAAUAAGAUAAAAAUAAUGGAGGACUCCAAGCAUCAACAGGAAAAGAGGAACUUCCAAAAUCAAGCCAUCCAAACUGACGGUGAUGAUCCCAUUCUACUCCAACGGAUUGAGGUUUUGGAAAAGCAGCUAUCCGAUGUCAAGGCCCAAAAACAGCAAACUGUUGCCCUGCUCCAGAAACUACUCCAGCAACAGGAUGCCAAAAUCAAGAGCACCAAUGAAAUGGAGGCCGACUGGCUGCAGCUUCUCGAAACCCUACAAGCCACUCAAAAACUAGAGCAGGACAUGCGCUUGGAACUUCAGCAGAAGACCGUGGAACUGGAGCAACUAAACGAACUCUUUGCUGACCAAAAUGAGGAGCUGCUAAAACUUCAGAAGUUGAGUCUAGCCAAGGACGUAGAAAAUAGGUUGGAACUGCAGCUAUUAAAGGAAACAUUCCAGGAGAAUCAGGAGAUCCACUCCACUGAUUCUAUGAACAUACAAAGGCUACAGAGUCAAGUCAAGACAUUGCUUGAUGAGCGAGAGGAAAACGCGCGGCAGGAGCACAGGGCGGUAGACUGCCUCAGGUCACUGGCCCAAGUGCUCGAGGUGGAAACGGGUAGGCGGCUGCAGAACAUCAAGUGUUGGCCCCAACUAGCCAAACUUUUGCGCAAGGAACUGCGAAGUGGAAGAGUCCACCACCGCAAGGCCGAGGAGUUGCCUGGACUCAAGCUAAAGCUGGCAGAAGUUAGUGGCAAGCACGAGCAGGCUAUGGCCAGGAUUAAGCUUUUGGAGCAAACUCUAGCUGCAGAGCGUCUGCGUUUUGAGGCCUCCGACUCUGGAAAGUCAACAGCGAGCACCACACCGCUAGAGCCCGCACAUGAGGUUGCUAAUCUAAUUGACGACUACAAGAAGCUCGUCCAACAAACCGCAAGGGAGACGGGACGCCCACGAAACAGCCACAUCCUGGAGCUGAUCGAACGUAGUCAACGGUGCCAUCCAAAUUUGUGCCAAUUAAGCGAAGGUGUCCUCGCCUGUCGCUCCGAUGUAGAGCAGCUGAACAAGCUGCUUUCCGCCGCUCAGAGGGGUACUGGGGUCAUGCCCUCCCUGAUGGAAGAACUCCGCGCUGUAACCGAACAUUCUUAGUGUGUUUGUUGUGAGGCCUAGCUUCCAUUUUCACAAAUUUGUCUAGAAGUACUUAAUAUGUUCUGUCUCGAAUUUGUUUAUUUCCAUUUUGUGUUCCAAAGGUGCAAUCUUUGAGUCUAAAUUUG